AAGAAGGACGAGACGACGCAUUGAUAUUCGGCGAUACAUUACGAUUCAUCUUUAUUAAUACUCGACCAGUGAAACUAAAGUUUAGUUUAGUCAAGCCAGUGUGAAAUUUUUUGGUUUUGUCGCCGAAAUGCAAGAGGCCGCGUGACGGUUUAUUCAUUGUGGUGAAUUAACGUGUGGAUUCGCUCAUUCAUCAUGCUAACGUAUUGGGUUGUGCUGUUAUCGUCGUUGCUCUUACGCCAAGUCGCCACAGGUGCCGAGUGGAGUUUCGACGCGGAUGACUCACAGCUGAAUUUGCAACAGGUGCACGAGGAGACCGGCAAUUAUCCCGAGCAAGAAGGCAUUCAACGAUUCGAAUGCCCCGCGGGAUUCUUCCGAUUAAGACGUUAUUGUUACUAUCUGAGCGCUGGCACAGCUUCAUGGAGGGACGCUCACUUUCAGUGCACCGCGAGAAACGCCACGCUUGCCGUGCUCAAUCGCAACGGCAAAGAUAAGAUGCUGAGGAAGUACCUUCUAGGUGACCAGUUCAGCAGACUGGAGAGAUGGAUCGGUGGCAUCUACAACUGGCGUCAGAUGAUUUGGGAAUGGGGCGUGACCGGCGAGAAGGUGCUAUUUCGGAACUUCGGCAAUUGGACUGCAGCAACUAUGGCCCGAGAGCAUGAGUGCAUGGUCGUUGAUCCGGCGAUUAAGUACAAAUGGAGCGCACGCGGGUGUUUCCAGCAAAAGUAUUUUAUAUGCGAGGCACCGGCUGGACGCAUUCUAGGUAAAAGUAGGCGUCGUAAAAACAUAAGCGACCCGCAUGCACCGCAGAAUCAACGAAUAAGAUCUAACGCUAAGAACGAGAAUAAACGUGCAAGAAGUGAAUUGAGGCAGCAGCAUCAACAACGUCGAGACAAGAAUGGGUCGCUCAAAUCUAUACGGAAAAAGAAUUGGCAUCGACAACACGAAGACAACCAGUUCUGGGCCCACGGCAUCAAGUUUGGCUCGCGCCCGCCAAAAGGUUUGCGACGAACACGUUUGCACAAGAAAGGCAAACACUCGAAGAAGCAGCCACGAUUCUACAAGAAAAAGAUGGCAAUACUCGAACCACGAAUCGCACAGAUAAUACCGAAAGCAGGUGAAUUCGGCACUUUCUCGGCUAAUAAAUCACCAAUCGGUCCAUUAGCUUUAGCAGAAGAAAAAGUUCUAUUUCCACCAUCCUACGAUGCUAGAAGCGUAUUCACAAAUGAAGAAAUUCUCAUCAAAACAUGAGCAAGAUGUGAAUGAAGAGAGAAGACUGGUAAAAAUGUGCGUUUUGCGAAAGUUGAGAAUUUUAACAAGAAAAAAGAGUACCAGUGUAUUUUCUACAUAAGUAUUUAUAUGCCCUAUCAUAUAUGGCGGAAACAAAUCUAUUGAAUUUGAAUUAUUUAUUUCGCUCGGAAGUUUUCGUAGACCAAUGCCUGUUCAGUACAUUUGUUUCCAACUGAUGAUAUUUAUUAUUUACUAUUACGUAAGUACGUAUUGUCAGCUGCGAUGAAAAAAAAUGAUUUUAACGUCGACAGCAUAAUUAUAUUUCAACAUUUGACAGUAUAUCACCAGUACCGUUUUGUGUUUUUAUGUAAGUGUAAAACUAUCAUAGCGAGCGUAGCUCAGAUGAGACUCCAAUCGUAAAAAAGGUAGAGGGGUUUACUACUAGUCGAUAGACAGAAACUAAGCGCUCUUAAAAGCCACGUGAGGAGUCUCGUUUUCUUCGAGUGAUAAAAAAACGGCGUCUCGAGACAAGAAAUGUGCGUGUCUGUGUGUGUGUGUGUGUGUCUGUGUGUGGUUUAUAGAUUAUGAGACGCGCAAUAUGGCAUUUCCAUUAACCGUAAUAGCAACUAUUUACUUCUCCAGUAUUUAAUUAUUGACGAGCUGAAUGAAUUGACAUAUCCGCGUUCUUUUUAUUCGAAAGUACCCAGUGAAAAAUGUCAUUGGCAAUUGUGUGGAUUAUUUUUAGGAAUUUAUAAUAUAAAGGGCUGAAAAACACAGCUACACUGUACUUUUAAUUGUAGUAAAAAAUAAUUUAACAAUCUAAUAAAAUAAGCUUUGACAUUUCUUACUAGAUAUCAAUCAAUAUAUAAGAAUGUUAAUCUAUGUGCAUUAUAAAUUUUACAAUGACCUUUUUCAAUAUAUUAAAUAAUAGUUGUUAUCUUUUACGAGUGACCUCCAACUUCUUUAACCGGUUAUUAUAUAACUAUUGAUUUGCGCAAAUUUAAAACCUUAAUCAAUUAACAUUGUACCAACAGUCUUAUAAUUUUUAGCAAUAACAAAUUUAAUGUUUACUGCCAGAAGAAAGUGUAUUUAGUAGAAUGUCAUCAAUCACGAUUUCUCAAGUUUUUAUCGCGUAAAAUCUGAAUUUCUUCAGUACAAGUGAAGUUUAAAUUGUUAUUUUAAUAAAUUAUCUCGUAAGGAAUGGUGUAAUCUGAUUAUAUUAAAUAGAAUAAAUUGAAAUGUUAGUGUGAUUACUAACUAUAAAAUAAAAAAAAAGAUAUUUGUGAAUAACAUAAUAUAGCACUUAAUUUGUUAACUAUCCACACAUUUUUAUACUAAACUGCUUGUAAA